CGUCACGUGCCGCCGGCUGUCCAAUCGGCUCGGUGCUGGAGCAGUCGGGCCGAGCGGAGUAAGAUGGACGCGGCGCAGAAUGUUGUUCAAUGCGCCACCGGGCCCGAAGUGAUCCGGGGACAGGUGUUCGACACCGGGCCCAGAUACACCAACCUCAGCUACAUCGGCGAGGGCGCCUACGGCAUGGUCUGUUCAGCCUAUGACAAUAUGAAUAAAGGUUGUGUGGACAAAGUUCGUGUGGCCAUUAAAAAGAUCAGCCCCUUCGAACAUCAGACGUACUGCCAGAGAACCCUUCGUGAGAUUAAAAUCCUCCUGCGCUUCAAACAUGAGAAUAUCAUUGGCAUCAACGAUAUCAUCCGUGCACCCACCAUUGACCAGAUGAAAGAUGUGUACAUUGUACAGGAUCUGAUGGAAACUGAUCUGUAUAAACUGCUGAAGACUCAGCACCUUAGCAAUGAUCAUAUCUGCUACUUCCUGUAUCAGAUCCUGAGAGGGUUAAAAUAUAUCCACUCUGCCAAUGUCCUUCAUCGGGAUCUCAAGCCAUCCAACCUACUGCUUAACACCACCUGCGACUUGAAGAUCUGUGACUUUGGACUGGCUCGUGUUGCUGACCCAGACCAUGAUCACACUGGGUUCCUCACAGAGUACGUUGCUACCCGUUGGUACAGAGCCCCCGAGAUCAUGCUCAAUUCCAAGGGUUACACCAAAUCCAUUGAUAUCUGGUCGGUGGGAUGUAUCCUGGCUGAGAUGCUUUCCAACAGACCAAUUUUUCCAGGCAAACACUAUUUGGACCAGCUCAACCAUAUCCUUGGUAUUCUUGGAUCCCCCUCUGCAGAGGACCUGAACUGUAUAAUCAACGCUAAAGCCAGGAACUAUCUGCAGUCUUUGCCUACCAAGAGCAAGGUACCAUGGAAUAGACUGUUCCCUAAGGCUGAUGCUAAAGCUCUGGAUUUAUUGGAUAAAAUGCUGACCUUUAAUCCCCACAAACGGAUUGAAGUGGAGGCUGCUCUUGCUCAUCCUUACCUGGAGCAGUACUAUGACCCCAGUGAUGAGCCGGUGGCAGAGGCACCCUUUAAGUUUGACAUGGAGCUGGACGACCUUCCCAAGGAGAAGCUGAAGGAGCUGAUCUUCGAGGAGACGGCCAGGUUCCAACCCCUGUACCAGCAUUCCUAAACUACACACGCCCUCGCUUUACAGGGCCAGGACUGCAGGACUGGACAUGCUCAGAGUUUGUUUGUUUCUAACUCCUCCUGAAUCCUGUCUCGUGGUGCAUCUCAGCUUGUUCAUUGUACUUUGUACUCUCUUAAAAACUCUGCCGUGGCACCUGUAACCAUGGAGACUGUCCAUUCUGGAAGCCAUGGCGCUUUGUGCUUACUGUGGACCUCCUUCUCCACUCUGAGGCGAAAAUUCACACUCCAGUGUAUUGGUGUCUGCAAAGUCUGAACGCUGUGUCUCUCUGUACAGCCAGUAUACACACACACACACACACACACACACACACACACUAGUUGAUCUAUCUCCUUUAGCUCAGUGACGGUGUUUGAAAGAAAGCAGGAAUGGCUCAUUCGACUAUUAAACACACGUACCUUUCUUUUCUGUAAGCACUUCAGCUUGAUUUUUUUUCAAAAGAAAUGCACUUUGAGAAAUAUCGAAGUAUAACUGUGAUCACUCAGUAUUACAGCAACUUGGUAUAUGGUUACGUGAGUGGAGAUGGUCUGUAGCAGUCUCACAUUGUUGUAGACAUUGAGUGAGCUUUCUAAACCUUGUUUAUUGCUGUGGGAUUCACACAAAGGCCUAAUGAAAUUUUUAAUUACCCAGUGAGAGGGGAAAAGGAUGUUACUCUAUAGCCUGCAUUCUUUUAAACCAGUCUUGCUCUGUUGGUUGGUUGUGUAGAUUGUGUGCACUUGUACACUGUAUACAGUAAAGACGGCAGUCCUGCCAAGGUGCCUCCCUCACUGAUUUUAUGGAUUAAAAAAAUAAAAUAUAUAAUCCUCGAAAUGUUAUGUAAUCUUUAUCGAACAAGAACACUAUUGUGUUUUAUUUGCAUUUUCUUUUAACGACAUUCCAUUUGAUGUAUGAAAACAAACACAAAAGAACACCUUGAUUCCACUCUAGAAAGUUCGACUUCACCAUACAGAUCCGAGUUUGAAGUCUUAUCUGUUCCAAACAAGCGUUCAGCCUCAUAUUUUUAACAGUAUUCUGUGUUAUAUGGUAAUAACCGGUUAUCCUCUUAUUACAGGAUGUAUAAACAGAGGGUGCUUCACGUUGAAAAUGUUUAAAUGUUGUGAAGGAAACCUCAGUGAGUGGGUCUCCUUGAGACACAGUUGACAUUUAAGAUCAGGAGACCCUGUCUGCUUUUGGCAUUGAGAACGAAAGGUGCCCUAGAUUCCUGUCCCUUUCUAUGUUUGCAGAGUGUUUUUGUGGAUGAGCCUGUACAAUGUAGAGCUUAAAUUAGCUAUGUUUAAAUUCAAAGUGCAGUGCCUGAUCCCUAGUCUCAAAACCUUUUGUGGUGACAAUUGCCUUGUACAAUUUACUGUGUCCAAGCAUGACUGUUAAGCUUUGUAUACAAAGACUGUCCAAGUGCCACACACACUUACUCCGCACGCGCGUGUGCACAUGCAUACCACAGACACAUAGUAUGGAUAAAUCUUAUCGCUUCUCCAAGCUACGCCCUAACUCCUCUUUCUCUCUGGUUUGCUUCCUGUAUAAAUCAUGUAACAAUUUCGCUUUGUUCCUUUCUAAAAACGAGCCGCCUUUUGCAGACUUCUCGAUGUAACUGUAUAGAGCACUCUUGUUUCUAUAACGUAACUUGUUCAGUUGGCUUUUUGUUCUGGUUGGUCUGUUGGUGCCUUUAUCAAUUGUGUACCCUUCAGAGUAAACUCAAACACAUGAUUAGUUGGAAAGCGAUGAUGAUGAUGAUGAUGAUUUUUAAAAAGAAAAAACCUGUUCAACAAUAGGUGUCAAAAUGUGAUGUACUGCAUAGACAUACCUGAUUGUAUUGUGACUGGUAUUGGGUUAAGCAUUGUGAUUGGUAUUGGGUUAAGCAUAUUAUAUAUAUGGACAACUUGUAGGUACAAAAAGAUUUAUUUUGCCUUAAGUUUUUUUUUCAAUGUUGUAUAUGUAAACAAAUUUUAAAUCUGUUAAUGAAUGUUCUUUUUUGUUUCUGGCACAUACAGCUCUUGUAAAAUUCUUUAAAUUGAUGUCUCCCUGCAUCUUUUAAAUACAGUAUGUUCUAUACACAA